CGAGGCACGCGCGACGCGCAUCACACCCGUCUGUCCCCCCACUCUCGACACGCGGCGUAUCUCGUCGCAUUGUUUACAAGAGCACGACGGUUGUCUCCAAGUCUCCGUUAGUCAGCUCAGAUUUCUGAGUGCUCGGUGGCUGUGGCUCGUGAGACUCAUCACAAACAGCAAUUUGAAAAUAAUAUGUGCUACUGAUGUGUUCUGGUUUCCCGUCACAAAUCUACAAGUAGACAAUACGAUGUUUCAGCCGAAGUUCGAGAAGAUGCAAGACGAGUUUGGUCUGCGGGUGGCAGCUGCCUGCCCUGGGAUUUUCAAGUCGCCGCUAUGGAGAGUCAUACCGUCGCGUUCCGUCGUCACGAGUCUCUACCCAGACAUGUGGCAGCGCUUUACAAACUUCGAAGUCUACCCUGACGAUGUGUGGGUGGUGACUUUCCCGAAAUGUGGUACUACCUGGACCCAGGAAAUGGUUUGGCUCAUCGGUAACGACUGUGACUUCGAGACAGCAAAGAAGAAGAAACUUAACGAGCGCGUGCCUUUCAUCGAGUUCGUGGCAAUCUCGCGAUACACAGGACCGGACGGGGACACCUUGCAGCGCUGUACCGACUUGCCGCGCCCACGGUUCAUCAAGAGCCACCUGCCGUACGAGCUGCUGCCGCAACAGCUCUGGACCAAGAAGCCCAAGAUAAUUUACGUGGCUCGAGAUCCAAAGGACACGGCGUUAUCGUACUACCACCACCACCGUUUGUGGAAUGGCUACACAGGAACUCUGGACGACUUCCUCGAGGCAUUUAUUCAGGAUGCACUGGUCUACUGCCCUUUCUGGGAGCACGUACUGAGAUUCUGGGAGUUAAGAGAUGAGCCGCAUGUGCUGUUCAAUACGUUCGAGGAAAUGACACAGGACUUGAGUGCGGUCGUGAGACGCACAGCGGACUUCAUGGGUCGGCAGCUGUCAGAUGAGCAGGUGUCGGCACUGUGCGAGCACCUGAGCUUCUCCAAGAUGCGCGAAAAUCCAGCUGUGAACCACGAGGAGGGCCCACCUGCUGAGUCGCCAGUCAAGGGCGCGACGGUGGCGGCGGCGGCGGCGGCGGCGGCGGAAGGAGGAGCAGACGGCGGCGACCCGGCGCUGCGGUUCAUGCGACGCGGCAAGGCGGGGGGCUGGCGCCAGGAGAUGCCCGCCGCCUUCAUCGACAAGUUCGACCGCUGGACGGAGCAGAAGACGGCGGGCACCGGCUUCAGGGUCGGCGUCUCCGGCGGUCACCAGUAGAGUCGUGGGGCGCCUCGUGGUUUCCCUGAUGGGGUCCGCACGACGUCUCUAAGCGGUUGACUACGGCACCCUAUUUGAGUCUAAUCAUUGAAGCCGCAAGGAAACGUGAACGUGUAAUUCUUCAGUCCUUCCCUGAGAUACGUUGCGUGUUGAAUAACUGCGUCUUUUGUCGACUGGCCGCGUCGUUCUCCCUGAGCAUUUGAAGAAGAGCGAGUCACGCCGUCGAAAUACCGUGCGAGAACGACGCGAAGUAACGGCAGAGAGACCAGAUUAUUCAAUGCAUCAAAAGAGAAGGUUUUGUAUUUUGAUAUGUUGCAGGCUUUUAGUUUAAUUUCUCCACCAGUUCUAUGAUUAUUAAGUAUGUAAGAAAAUUAGAUAGUAAACUAUCAGUACCUUAUUAUUAAUUUAGUGUUUAUUCAUUUCGUAAUAUCUUGUGAAUUUGCCUACCAUCUUACUUUUAAAAAAAUGUUGUAUGUAUUAAGUUGCAGCAGUCAUUCUACGUGUUCCAGUAGAAUUUGUGACUAUUCUCGAAUGCUUUGGCACGCGUCCUAUUAACAUGCCUCUUUUUCUGAAUAUGGACUGCUCGUAAACAAAAUUUCUUCUAUCAUGAUUUCAAGUACCUCAUCACUACGAUCUCUAUCAGACAGUUACUACUUUCAUCUUACCUAGGUUACUGUUAUACAUAGCUAAAGAUGAACAAUUUCACGAACUUAUUCCAGGAUUGCAAGUCAGUGUAUGGAAACAUUACAGCACUUAAAUUGAACAAUACAUUCUUCGUGAGCACCAAUCUGCUGUUGAUGUCCCUAUUCGUUCUAACAUCCUGAACAAUCUCGAUCUCCACAAAGAAAUGUCCUGUUUACAUACAUACGUAUCCUAAAGACAAUCAGGAAAAGGGGCUCCACUAAUACGAAGCUUUAACAUGCGUAAAGUACUAAAUCAUCUUGUGAUUGAAGAUAACGAUUUUCCUGUUUUCUACGUACCUUUGACACGGGCGAGGUAUUCUUUUAGAGUUAAACUACUUUGUGUUUUCUUUUUUAGAUAACUGCCUUUCUAAAACCUACUAAUUUUGCAUAAAGUAAGAUUAACAUAAAAUAGUUUAAAAUUUAAUUCAUUAUGUAGUUUCUCUGAGAAUUUUGUUGUUGUCAUAGAUGAAUCUUCAUGAAAAGUUAGCUUAGGAAAAAUGUUUUAAUAAAUUUUGUUAAAAAUGUACUUAUAUCUGUACGUUUGCGUAUUCAUAGAAACUGUACUUAUUGUCAGACACUAGAAUUAGAAAUAAAUAGUUCAGGAUAUACUA